AUGGCCUCGGUGUACACCAAGGGGACGCGUGUCUGGCUCCCCGACAAAGAGGCCGGAUGGGUGCCCGGCACUGUCACCUCGGUAGCGAUACCUGGCGUUCCGAACCCAGACUCUGAAGUCGUGAUUACCGUGUCUAUCGAUGGCAGAGCUUCGGAUGAGGGAGGCUCGAAAGAGUUCAAAUGCUCGUUUGCGACCUUGCAAUCCGCCUCAGAGUCGAAUGGCAACAACCUCUCUCUGGGUUCUAGCCAAGACGUUCUUCCACCGCUGAGAAAUCCGCCGCUCCUGGAGAGCUCGGAAGAUCUAGCAAGCUUGAGUAACUUGAACGAGCCCAGUGUUCUCCAUGCAAUUGCAACUCGAUACGCAACGCACCAGCCCUACACCUAUUCUGGCAUCGUCCUGGCUGACGAGCGAGAUGGAAAUGACAUUCUGCAAGCGUACGCGGGUAAACGGAAAGGCGAUAUGGAACCGCACUUGUUUGCGAUUGCGGAGGAAGCGCUGGAUCUGAUGCGGAGGGGCAGCGGAAACGGAGGUGUGGAUCCAACCGGUGCUGGCGAUCAAACUAUCGUUGUCAGCGGUGAAAGCGGUGCGGGCAAGACCGUCUCCGCAAAGUAUAUUCUUCGCUACUUUGCAUCUGUCAUCAAUGCGUCGAAAGAGACACCAGUAGAACGCCGCCGCUUGGACUCGAGUGGGGAUGACGAAGGUAUGAGCGAAAUUGAGCGCCAGAUCCUUGCCAGUAAUCCCAUCAUGGAGGCUUUCGGCAAUGCCAAGACGACCCGCAAUGACAACAGUUCGCGUUUUGGCAAGUACAUCGAGGUUUGUCUUCAGUUCAGAGGGCAGGGCAUGGCUGACUGGCAGGUUCUCUUUGAUAACGAGAACGAGAUCGUCGGCGCCAGGAUCCGCACAUAUCUCCUUGAACGUUCUCGACUCGUUUACCAACCAGACACGGAGCGAAACUAUCACAUUUUUUACCAGCUGCUAGCCGGAGCCCCCGCCAAGGAGCGUAAAGAUCUGUCUCUGCCUGCCGAUCCUCAACAGUUUGCGUACCUGGCGGGCGGUGGUCCAUCGUCUUCCUUCAUUGCAGGAGUCGACGAUGCCAAGGAGUUCCGAGACACACAAGAGGCGCUCAGUACCGUGGGCAUUUCCGUUGAACGCCAGUGGCAUAUCUUCAAGGUCUUGGCCGCCUUGCUGCACCUUAGCAAUGUCAAGAUCACUCAAUCUCGAACGGAUGCCGUACUGGCAGACGACGACCCGGCCCUCGCCUUGGCAACGUCUCUUCUCGGACUGCCGCUCUCUGAGUUUAAAAAGUGGACCAUCAAGAAGCAGUUGACGACCCGAAGUGAGAAAAUUGUCACAAAUCUUGGUUCGGCCCAAGCGACUGUCGUUCGCGAUUCCGUGGCCAAGUUCAUUUACUCGUGCUUGUUCGACUACGGCUUCGAGCACUUCAAGAAAAAUUCCUUCGAACAGUUCUGCAUCAACUGGGCGAAUGAGAAACUGCAGCAGGAGCUCGAACAGGAGGAAUACAUGAGGGAAGAAAUCAACUGGACCUUUAUCGACUUCACGGACAACCAAGCUUGCAUCGAUGUCAUUGAGGGCAAGAUGGGUGUGCUCACUUUGCUUGAUGAAGAGUCCCGUUUGCCGUCCGGGGCAGACGCUUCGUUUGCCAACAAGCUUCACCAGCAAUUGGGACCCAAGCCUGAGUACAAAGAUGUUUUCAAGAAACCCCGAUUCAAUCAGAACGCUUUCACAAUCGCCCAUUAUGCGCACGACGUUACCUACGAUGCUGACGGCUUCCUUGAAAAGAAUCGCGACACCGUUUCCGAUGAACACCUCGCGCUACUCCAGAGCUCCAGCAAUGACUUUUUGCGUGAAGCCAUUACGCGCUCUCUUGACCAAGCCGCUAGCUCGUCGGCAGCUCCAGUCGUUGAGGCUAAACCAGGCCCGAAGAGGGGGGGUGCAACCCGGAAGCCGACGCUUGGGUCGAUUUUCAAGCACUCGCUUAUUAGCUUGAUGGACACGAUCAACCACACCAAUGUCCACUAUAUUCGUUGCAUCAAGCCGAAUGAAGCGAAGAAAGCGUGGACCUUCGAGCCGCAACAAGUCUUAUCGCAGCUGCGAGCCUGUGCCGGUGAGUGUACAUCUAUGCGCCGUUCUAACCUCAGUUACUAUGUCCUGGUCAACUCCAAGGAGUGGGAGGGUAAUUCGGACGUCAAGGCCUUCUGCCAGCUCCUGCUGCAACGUACACUGAAGGAUGAGAACAAAUACCAGAUUGGCCUGUCGAAGAUCUUCUUCCGCGCCGGCAUGGUGGCUCUUCUGGAAUCUCUCAGAACCGCACGGCUUAACGCCCUCGUUACUUUGGUGCAAAAGAACGUGCGGCGUCGCAUUGCGUACAAGCACUACCAGGAUCUGCGUCGCCGGACCAUUACCAUCCAGUCAUGGUGGAGAGGCAUUCAAGCCCGUCGCCUAGUGGAACAAAUGAGAAGGGACGCGGCUGCUACGCUGCUGCAGAGAGCUGCUCGUGGAGUGCUCCAACGCCGCGCGUAUGCCGACACGCGACAGGCUGUUGUCACAAUCCAGGCUGCACGGCAGCGAUUCAGAGAACAGCGAACCGAGUCCGCAGUCCUCCAGCUGCAGAGUCUCUUCCGUGGACAGAUCAUCGUUCUGCAGUCGCAGUGGAGGCGGAAGCUUGCUGUUCGCGAGCUUAAGACUCUGAAGGCUGAAGCCAAAUCGGCUGACAAGCUUAAGGAGAUUUCCUAUCAGUUGGAAAACAAGGUGGUGGAGCUUACCAAGACUCUUCAGAAGCGCACGGGCGAGAACAAGUCCCUCAAGGCCCGCAUCUCGGACCUGGAGAAGGAGCUUGCGGCGUGGCAGUUACGACAUGAAGAAGCUCAGGCCCGUUCAGCGUCGCUCGAGUCCAAACUUGCCGAACCCACAGUACCUCGAGACAAGUUCGACGAGGUGAUGGCUUCCAGAAAUGAGCACGAAGAACGUCUUCGCACUGCUACCAGGCGCAUGACCGAGCUAGACGAGGAAAUCACGCGGCUGUCGACUCAGCUUGAGCGUGCUACUGUCGACGCGAACGAGCGACAGGCUGCAAUCGACUCUGCAGUUGCGAAGCACGGAGAGGACGAGUCCACCAUCCAGAGUUUGCGGCACGAGAUUACUUCGCUGAAGGAACAGAUCAGCCGCGCAAGCGCCUUGCAGGCGUUGACCAAGGGUGGUCGCGAUGCUCCCCCGUCUCCCACAAUGGACCGUGGUCUGCGUGAUUUCGCAAACGGUCUGCACGGCGGUGAGGCUCGCAACCACCCACCGGCCAGAAGGCGCAUUCGCAGACACAGUACGACAGGUCAUGGCGCAGUGGUUCCUCACUCUGAGGAAGAUGCGUUGGACCUCCGGAAGCCCGGCCUCAAUGCCCCUCGCGCCGUGUCUGUCAUGUUCCCCCAGAACAAUCUCUUACGCCCUCGGGACUCUAAUGGCUUACCGACACUGAAUGAUUCCUCUGCAGAUGAGGUUGCCCGUCUCUUGGAGGACGAAGAGGGUUUGGACGACGAUGUUUUGCACGGUCUCAUUGCGAGCUUGAAGAUCCCCGCCGCAAGCCUCCACAACCCUCCUCUCGCCAAGGAGGUGAUCUUCCCUGCUCAUCUCAUCAGCUUGGUCUCGAACGAAAUGUGGAAGCUUGGAAUGAUUCCGGAGAGUGAACGGUUCCUGGCGAAUGUCAUGCAGAGCAUCCAAAGCUAUGUGAUGCAAUUUAAGGGCGAGGAAGUCAUUGUUCCCGGAAUCUUCUGGCUCUCAAACGUCCAGGAGAUUUUGUCUUUCAUCUGUGUGGCUGAGUCUGAUGCGCAACAAGGCAUCGCACCGGGUAUGGAUGAACCCGGCGGCCGCGAACUCGAUUGGGAAGCCUAUGAGCGAUUGGUAGGCAUCGUGAAACAUGAUCUUGACAGUCUGGAGUACAACAUCUACCACACCUGGAUGUUGGAGGUCAAGAAGAAGCUUGGAAAGAUGGUGAUUCCUGCCCUAAUCGAGUCGCAAUCGCUCCCAGGAUUCAUUACCUCGGACGGCAGUGGUCGGAUGUUCCAGCGCAUGAUUGGAAUGGGCGGGGGAAACAACCAGCCGACUGCAAGUAUGGACGACAUCCUGAGCCUGCUCAAUAAGGUUUGGAAGUGCCUUAAGAGCUACUACAUGGAGGAGAGCGUCAUGCAGCAGGUCGUUACCGAACUGCUGAAGCUGAUUGGCACCAUCGCCUUCAAUGACCUUAUCAUGCGCCGCAACUUCUGCUCAUGGAAGAGGGGGCUACUUCAGCUCGAACAUCUCAUGCAAGCUACGAAGUUGCUGCAGCUCAAGAAGAUCCAGAAACUUAUCUCACAAUAUCACAAUGCCGACUACGAGGCUCCCAUCUCACCUGACAUUCUCAAGGCUGUGGCUGCACGCGUUCGACCAGAGGACAAGAACGAUCAGCUGCUUCUGCAGACAGAGCAGGACGAGGUUGGGCCAUACCAGAUCCCUCCGCCGCGAGACAUCGCCGGUCUUGAAACUUCUAUGGUGCUCCAUUCUGCGUUCUUGCAAUCUACCAUGGCACCUCAGGCGCACCACCAUAGAUCAACGCUCAAGCAGUCUAAGCAUGCCACGAAAGGCUCGUUGAAGGCCGCCGCCAAGGCAUCUCUCGGCGUCUCCUCUCAUUCUCGAAGCAUAGAGGCUGGAUCGAAGAGGGAUAGGAUCCAUCAGCAGGCUCAAAAGCGUGACUCUAAGCAGAGGGCCGCGCGUGAGAGCGCCAAGUUCUUCUCUACAAGCUCAAAUGGAGGAAAGGUACCUCGCGUCAUCUCCAUUAUUCCCUUGCUUCCUUCGAUAUCUACGGAGAAGUUCUUCAUUCAGUUGCUUCAUUCUCUGGCUUUGUCUGCCGAAGAGAUCGAGGCACUUUCAGCUCAAUACCAGCCCCACUGCUCUAUCUUUGUUCCGGCUCCUCGGUUCAAGACAAACCUCGUGGUGAAUAUUGUGCCGUCGUUGGAUCUCUACGCCAGUCUGGAUGUCGCCCUUGUCAGCGAUGCUGUCUUGCUUUUAAUGAGCAGUACAGAUGAGGUCCAGCUAGAGGGCGAAGCCAUCCUCCGCUCUCUGCAGGGUCAGGCUGGCAAUGUGACAGUUAUGCCUUGUGUCCAGAGGUCUCUUCUGUCCUUCACCCGUUACUUCUUUCCCAACGUUCACAAGGUUUACUCUAACGACAACGCGAACGACGCUUCUUUGCUGGCCCGCGCCAUCUGCGAGGUGCUGCCUUCCAACAUUGAACACCAGGAGGGAAGGUCUUGGCUUGUCGCAGAAGGUCGUGAAUGUGCGACCUGGGAGCCUUCCAACGCGGAGUCGGGUGAUCUGGGCGCGCUGUAUGUCACGGGCACGGUUCGAGGGGGGCGCAUGAGCGCAGACCGUCUUGUUCACAUCCCUGGUUAUGGUGAUUUCCAAGUUGAAAAGUCUGAGUCGGCCGAUGAUCUUACGUCGAACAACGUCCCCGAUCUGCUUGCCAAUGAGCAAACAUGGCCAACGGAGGAAGAAAUGAAUUCGGCGCCCGCUGCUCAAAGCGGCGGUCGUGAAACUCAAAAGCCUCGUAUAAAGCGAGUGCCCAAGGGCACUAGCGCCUAUCAGGCAGCGUGGAUUGUGGAUGAUGAUGACGACGUCGACGUCGACGAUGACGAUGAAUCUGGUAGCGGGAUGGGUUCACAAGACGGCGCAGAUGUCUCGGAGGAGGAGGAAAUGGAAGAGAUCGAACUGGAUUCUCGUGAGCAAGAGCACGACGAUAUGGCUCCAGAAGACGAAGAAGAGCAGUAUGCGGCCUAUCUGCGUGAGCGCGAGCGGGCUCAGAAAGAAGAUAUGGCUUUCCCGGAUGAGAUCGACACUCCGCGCCAUAUCGCCGCUCGCACUCGCUUCCAGCGCUAUCGCGGGUUACGAAGCUUCAGAACAAGCCCGUGGGAUCCUUAUGAGAAUCUGCCGUUGGAGUAUGGUGAGAUCUUCCAGUUUGAGAAUUUCAAGGCUACGAAGCGCCGUGUCGAGGCCGAGGCUUCCGAGGAAGGUGUGGAGAUUGGUACCCGUGUAACUUUGGUGAUCGGACAGGUCCCCAAGACCAUCCUCUCGCGCAAUCCUAGCGCCCCCCUGAUUGUGCACGGCCUUUUGCGACAUGAGCAUAAGCAAACGGUUCUGCAUUUCGUCGUGCAGCGGAACACCGAGUAUUCCGAGACAGACCCUCUGGUACUCUGCGCAGGACCUCGGCGGUACCACAUCAACCCACUCUUCUCACAGCAUUUGCGGGGAGGCGGCAAGGGGGUGAACAACGUUCACAAGUCGGAGCGAUUCCUCCGUCAUGGCGCUGCCACCGUCUUGACGACGUUUGGACCCGUUUGCUUCGGUAAGGCCCCGUGUCUUCUUCUCCGCGAAAGCGAUGUUCCGAGCCUCGUUGCUACGGGCUCGUUCAUGUCGUCCGACCCCACGCGCAUUAUCGCUAAACGUAUCGUUCUUACCGGCCAUCCUUACAAGGUGCAUAAGAAGACUGCGACCAUCAGGUACAUGUUCUUCAACCGUGACGACGUGGCGUACUUCCAGUCUGUCGAGCUUCACACGAAGUAUGGCCGGACUGGUCACAUCAAGGAAGCUUUGGGCACGCACGGCUACUUCAAGGCGCAUUUCGACGGCCCCAUACAACAAAUGGACACGGUGUGCAUGAACCUGUACAAGCGUCAAUUCCCCAAGAGUCUUCGGGAGGCGUCAAAGGCGACAGCGUUAUGGAUGUAG